GGCACAGUUCGCAGCUUGGCAUAAGCGUUGCGCCACUACCUUCUUAGUGUACAGUUUGUUCAACACCCGGUGCGUGUAAGAGCUUGGCAUAUAGCUAACAGCCUGCCCGCCUUGACACUCCUCGUCUUCAAAAACCCUCCUCUGCGGUUGCUCUUUCAUAGCGUGAGUCGUCACAACUUCUUUGUGCACUAUCCGUCCGUACGCACGUUCUGGCCAACAGCCGCCAAGCCCCUCUGCGCUCCUCUCGAGUCUUCAGUGUCGUAACCGAAACCGACAUCCGCCACUUCGCUCCCUUCGAGAAUGGGCGCUCCCGUGAUUCUGUGCGGCAGGACCGAGGCCAUUGGCAGCGGCGUCAUCGCCGAUCUCAAACCCGAGUUCGACGUGAUCCAUUUCAUCAUGAACCAGGAGGCCGGCGCCACCCAGAUCCCGGCCAUUCUCCGGGGCGAGCAGGAGGUGGAGACCCAGUCGGCGCUGGGCAGCCACGACUACUCGAAGAAGCCGGUGGCCGUCAUUCUGGGCGGCGGCUACGACGACGCCGCUAUCGAGGUCAUGAUGCGGGCCGCAGCCGGCAUCCACCCCAUUCCCUGGCUGCGGCCCGAUCUGACCAUUCCCGCUCCUGCCGUUAGCAGCCCCGGCUACGGGAAGGCGCUUGUCGAGCGCAUCAAGGUGGUGCUGGCGCAGCUGGAGAAGGACGGCAAGAUGCACGACGAGAAGGUUGUCCUGUACUGAGCCUGCC